AUGGCUGCACCACGUCCCACAGCGUCAGAUAUCAGCGCCACAGAAAAGAUCGAAGCCAACAUCGCACUCCUGGCUGAUCGCACCACCUACGGUCAAUUCGCCAAAUCCUACAAAGCCCUUCGAAGCGUCGCUCUAAGCAAGAGAGUGUCAGAAGCUGUGAAGUUCAGGGCAUUCAAUGAGCUUCGACAGGCCAUGGUCAGAGGGCGGUCCUGGUUUUCGCCACCGCUUGAUUUGUGGCCAGAGGGUCAGGGCCUGGCAGGUCACAUAGAAGCUAUGAGGGCCUAUGGAGCAGUGAACCAGAGGGACCAGCAGAACUUCUUGAACCUCAUCUGCAAAAGUAACGAGAUGCUGAAAGCCCACUUCGAAGAGAGAAUGGCAAACGGGAGAAGGGCAGAAGCGACGGCAGGGUCCAGCAGCAGCAAUGCCAUCGAAGAGAGGGAAGUCACGGACUUGGAGGAGGAGAGCAAGACUGGCUAG